UGUUGUUGUCUUUGUGUAAAGGAGUGGAGCUCGAUCUCACAUCACUGUUCCCUCUUCCCCCCCGAGUCCUUUCGAAACUCUUCCCCCCUGGGUUUCUACCCUCCCGAACCUCUCCCCUUCUACCCUCACAACCCCAACCCGUCCCCCGGUCACCUUCCAGCCUCCGACCCGGAUCAUCUCUGUGACCAAAGGCCCCCUCGCCCCCAAGUUCACAACAGAAGACCAACGUACGUGAGCUACAGCUAUGGACUCCGGUGUGAUUGAAGGAGGGCUCAAUGUCACCCUUACCAUAAGGCUGCUCAUGCAUGGCAAGGAAGUUGGCAGUAUCAUUGGAAAGAAAGGUGAAUCUGUGAAGAAGAUGAGAGAAGAGAGCGGGGCACGCAUCAACAUCUCAGAGGGCAACUGUCCCGAGAGGAUCAUCACUUUAGCCGGGCCGACCAUCGCCAUCUUCAAAGCCUUCUCCAUGAUAAUUGAUAAACUGGAAGAGGACAUCAGCAGCUCAAUGACAAACAGCACAGCCACCAGCAAACCCCCAGUGACUCUUCGCAUCGUGGUGCCCGCCAGCCAAUGUGGCUCCCUCAUUGGCAAAGGUGGCUGCAAGAUUAAAGAAAUCCGAGAGUCAACCAGUGCUCAGGUCCAAGUGGCAGGUGACAUGCUGCCCAACUCCACGGAGCGCGCCAUCAGCAUAGCUGGCACGCCCCAGUCUAUUAUCGAGUGUGUCAAGCAGAUCUGUGUGGUCAUGCUUGAGUCUCCCCCGAAAGGCGUCACAAUUCCCUACCGACCCAAACCUUCAGGAUCCCCUGUCAUUUUCGCAGGCGGACAGGCGUAUGCCGUACAAGGACAACACGCCAUUCCACAGCCAGAUUCUUCCUCUGCUGCUAUCUCUCCACAGCUCACCAAGCUUCAUCAGCUGGCUAUGCAGCAGAGCCCCUUCCCCAUUGCACACAGCAACCAGGGAUUCACUGGGAUCGACACUUCAGCUCAGACCAGUUCUAAUGAGAUGAAAAUUCCAAACGAGCUCAUCGGCUGCAUCAUCGGCCGUCAGGGAGCUAAGAUCAACGAGAUCAGACAAAUGUCAGGUGCCCAGAUCAAGAUUGCAAACCCGGUGGACGGUUCCACCGACCGACAGGUGACCAUCACCGGCUCGCCUGCCAGCAUCAGCUUAGCAGAGUACCUCAUCAAUGCCAGGCUUUCCUCGGAGGCCACCGGACUGCCAGCCAACUGAUGAGACCCUCUGGUCUACACAACAUCUCACCACCACGACCACCAUCGACAACAACAACAAAAAAGCUAUAUUACACCUAUAUAACAUCUUCCUUCCUAUGUUAGCGUCACUUCAUCCACAGCCUCCAGGACUAUUUAUUUUUUGUUUUAGUCCAUCCCUGAACUAGUAUUUUAAUACCCUGUUUUUUGGGAGAUGGGGUUUUAAAUCAGUUGAGAUUUAUUAUUUUUGUUUUUUUUUUUAAAAAAUAUAUUUUUGUCUUGAAACGUUUUUCCAGCUUCUAUGUUUCAAUGCAGCAACAGAGGAAGAUUUAGAUUUAGUUGUGUACAGCGUAGGUUUCUUUGGAGAUAAAAAAAAAGACACAAAUAAAGGAUCAAAAAGAAGAAUAGAGUCACUCUUUUAUUCCCCUAAAAAUGUAUUUUGUUACACGUCAGAGUAGUUAAACACACAUACACACAGAGACGGUCACUAAUGCGUCAUUGGCAUGUUCCCUCCCUUUUCUUGUCAUUCCCCUCCUCGGGAUACUGUUUUAUUUUUUGUCGGGCUGGGAGUUGUUUUUUUUUCUCUUUAGGGUUUUAGAGGGGGGAAAGGUUUUUUCUUGUAAAAACUGCUCUAUACUAAAAAAAAAAAAAAAAAAAAAAAACCAAGAAGUUGGAAUAUUUGUUUUAAAUGGAAGGUUUUUUUUUCUUAAUUACCAAAGGACGGGAGGGCCACUCACAAGAAAUCAAAAUGAAGACAAAGAAGGAGGUUGUAAGCUAACAUUAGUUUCUUGCUCUUUGCUUUGCUCAGUUAUUGAUUUUCAUUAAUUGCAGGUGAAAGGACAUUUGUGCACGUUAUUCUUUUCUGAGACUAGCUCUUGGGUGCCACAAAUUUGUUAAAAAAAUAAAAUAAAGAUGUGAAAUGCUCUAAACACACUA